AUAUUUCGAACAAACACGACACAACACGCAGAAGGCGCAACCGAUGCGGACACACAAGUAUACUGCUCAUUUACAGAUAAAAUUAAAAAAGGAAAAUGAGGAUCAUCCAUGAACCAUGAAGCAACCACUCAGCACUAUAUAACAGCAUUAAAUUGGCGACAAUAAUCUCUCUUUUUUUCCUCUUUUUAUUUUUUGCUCUGCAAAAAGGGGGCUGCACUGCAGCAGCACCAAAAACCUUAUUCAGUUAUUCAUUUCUGAUCAUCAUGGAGGCGCAACAACAACCUCCAACGCCGUCAACCGCACCGCCGUUAUCCUCCGUCGCACCUCCGCCACCACACCUCAAUUAUCCCGAAUCUGUCGAUUCCUCACCUCGCUCCCGCAACACCGACUCAUGGGACGAACCUUUCCCUCCAGCGUCAUCAAAACUCCGUCUGAUGUGCAGUUACGGUGGCCACAUCGUUCCUCGUCCACAUGACAAAUCACUCUGUUACGUCGGUGGUGACACACGAAUCGUCGUCGUUGAACGCGCAACCUCACUCGCGGACCUAUCCACGCGCCUCUCCAAAACCUUCCUUAACGGAAGAUCUUUCACCCUCAAGUAUCAACUCCCAAACGAAGACCUAGAUUCGUUGAUUUCAGUUACAACCGAUGAAGACCUAGAAAAUAUGAUCGAUGAAUACGAUCGAACGAAUUCGUCAAAUUCAUCUCUCAAACCCUCACGAAUUCGUCUUUUUCUGUUUCCAACUAAACCUGAAUCUGCUCAAUCAAUUCCUCCACAAAUUCUUGAUACUUCUGCGAAAUCCGAUUAUUGGUACCGUGAUGCGUUAAACGGUGCUGGAUUGCUUAACAGAGGGUAUUCAGAUUCUGCUUCUGUUAACUGUCUUUUAGGUCUUGAUGAUGAUGUUGCUGCUUCGAAUAAUAUUGAAACUGGUUCAAGAGAAGCUCCUGAAGGUGUUUCUCAACCUGGAUCUUUUGGAAAUGGUAAGAAUUUGAAGCAAGAUGUUCACUCUGUUCCUGAUUCACCUAUGUUGGAGACUUCAUCGUCUUUUGGUUCAACUUCUUCGUCUCCGUCGUUGGCUAAUUUGCCGCCGAUUAGGGUGCAUGUGGAAGAUGGUGGUUCUGGUGGUGUUAGGGGACAACAGCAACAACUGCAACAGCAGCAGCAGGAUCAGAAGGUUUUGGGAAUUGAGGAACAGUUUGCUCAAAUGGGAGUUGUGGUUGGUGGAGUUGGACAGAAGCAACAGGAUGAGGGAUUUGCUGUGAUGUCUUCGCCGCCUCAUCCUCCGGUGCCAACUACGCUUUCUGUGGCUGCUGUUGGUGUUCCAGUGGUUAUUGGUGAUUAUCAGAAUAGGGUUUUCUCUGAUGACGAGAGAUCGGAUCAUGGAGUGGCUGUAGGAUAUAGAAAACCACCAACUCCUCAGCCACAGAUUGUUCAAGCACAAUCUCAGGCACAAUCUCAAGCACAAUCUCAGGCACAAUCUCAAGCGCAAACACAGACACAGUCACAACAACCUCCUCAAUUUCAACAGAAGUCAAGUGGUGGUACUGAUUUGCCUUCUCCUGAUUCAGUUUCAAGUGAUAAUAGUCUUUCGAAUGCAAUGCCGCGUCAAACACCUGUUAUCUAUCAAGAGCAAAUUCAGAUUCAACCUGGAACUACAAGGGUUCUAAGCAACCCUGUGGAUCCAAAACUCAAUUUGGCUGAUUCACAUGGUAGGAUCCAGGUGCAGCAACAUGUACAGGACCCUGGAUAUUUACUGCAACAGCAAUUUGAACUCCAGCAGCAGCAACAACAGCCUCAACAUCAGCCUCAACAUCAGCAGCAACAACAAUUUCAACAUCAGCAGCAGCAGCAGUUUAUACACGGUGGACACUACAUUCAUCAUAACCCUGCAAUUCCUACAUACUAUCCUGUAUAUCCUUCACAACAACAACCCCAUCAGCAGGUUUACUAUGUGCCUGCAAGACAGCCACAAGCUUACAAUCUUCCUGUGCAGCAGAGUAAUAUAGGUGAAUCUGCCCCAACAAUCUCUUCUAGUAGACCCCAAAACCCUCCAAACCCCACUACAUUGGUUCAACAAAAUGCAACUUACACCCCCGUCAGAAAUUCUCCUCUACCCAAAACUGAAAUGACGGCAGCUGCUUACAGAACUGCAACUGCAGGCAACCCUCAAUUUGUACAAGUUCCUACAGGUCAGCAUCAGCAGCAAUAUGUGACUUACUCCCAGAUCCACCAUCCAUCCCAAUCCAUGGCCCCUAAUUCUGCUGCCCCUGCCAAUUAUGCUUAUGAAUAUGCUGAUGCUGGUCAAAUAUACUACUCUCAGCCUAUGGCACCCACAAUGCCGUCACAGUACCAGACCAUGGCAGCUGCUAAUAUGAUGCAGCCGGAAAUUUCUGCACAGCAUCCAUCAGACGGCUUGAAGCAGCAGAUAAGAACCUCACAGCCACUAUAAGCAAAUUCUACAUAAAAGAAACAAUUUUGAAAAAUUGGUUUGGUUUCCUUUUUAAGUUUUAUAUAUGCAGUUCUCGUUGUCGUGUUUGGUACCUGUUUGUGGUAUGUAUUUGCCAUAGAAAAUAAGAAACUGUGAUCAUCUUGUACUUUUUCUUGUAUUUCAUAAUUCAUAGGAAAGGAAAUCGGUCCAAGGUUAUACUGUAUAAGUUUGAAGUCUGAAACAUUAUAUUUGUGAAGUUCAAAUAUUAAUUCCUUAAAUGAUUGUCAUAUAA